AUGGAGAAAAAAAAGGUCGAAAAGAAAACCUGUACAUGUUCAAAUCUUGAGGAAAGGAAAAAAAAAGAAAAAAUAUAUUUGUUUGGCUUGAGUUUAUUAUUUUUAUUUUUACAUUUUUUUUCUGUUGAUUUCCUGAUAUUUGCCUCUCGUCACUUUUCUAUAUUCUUCUCAUUUGUCUAUAAUCUCUUCACAAAACUCAAUCUAUCUAUCUAUCUAUGUAUCUAUCUAUCUAUAUAUCUAUCGAUCUAUAUCUCUCUCUAUCCUUUUCAAAACUAUCUCUCAAUCACUUCAUUAUCUACCAAUCUGUUCAUUUCAUUAUCUAUCUAUCUAUCUAUCUAUCUAUCUAUCUAUCUAUCUAUCUAUCUCUGUUCAUUAUCCAUGCAUUUCAUUAUCUACCUGUUCAUUAUCUGUCUAUCUAUCCAUCUAUCUAUUUAUCUAUGUUCAUUAUCCAUGUAUGUAUGUAUGUAUGUAUGUAUCUAUCUAUCUAUCUAUCUAUCUAUCUAUCUAUCUAUAUAUAUAUACAUACAUAUAUAUAUAUAUAUUUGUCGCCUUCUUCUUCUUCUUCUUCUUCUUCUUCUUCUUCUUCUUCUUCUUCUUCUUCUUCGUUACCGUCGCCUUCUUUUUCUUUUUCUUCUUCUUUGUUGCCGUCGCCUUCUUCUUCUUCGUUGCUGUCGCCUUCUUCUUCUUCUUCUUCGUUGCCGUCGCCUCUUCUUUUUCUUCUUCUUCGUUGCCGUCGCCUUCUUCUUCUUCUUCUUCUUCGUUGCCGUCGCCUUCUUCUUCAUCUUCUUCUUUGUUGCCGUCGCCUUCUUCUUCUUCGCCGUCGUCUUCUUUUUCUUCUUCUUAGUUGUUGUGGCCCCCUCCUCCUUUUCUUCUUCGUGUCCUUUCACUGAGCUGGGGGGUCAUUCAAGUACUUCCUUAGCAAGUCGAAGCGCCAUCCCCAUCUCUCACAAAAUAUGUUUCUUUUCAGCAUGUGACAAAUCAGCUUUUCUUUCAGUGUCUCAACUUCUCACCGCCUGGACACUGUCCACUGAUCACGCAGAUCGUCUUAUUUAA